CCUGAUAAACAAAAUGAAACGUUUUUUUAACAAUUUGAAUAGAUAUUUAUUGCCAAUAGAAAAUAUGAAUUCAAAAUUAAGUGAUAUAAAUAUGAAUAGCGUCAAAUUUUCGAAUUGUAUCAAGCCAAUGGGUACAAUGAAAAUUAUGAAUUGCUUCGAUAGUCAUGCUGUUGAAGUAGCUGCCGAUCUUUUGCAUCACGGCGAAGUGAUUGCAUUACCAACCGAUACGGUUUAUGGUUUGGCAUGCAGUGCAAAUAAUCCGCAUGCAAUACAAAAAUUAUAUGAGAUAAAAGGUCGUGACGAAGAGAAACCAGUUGCGGUUUGUGUAUCGAGUAUAUCUCAACUGAAACAUUACAGUGAAGCAUCACAUUUGUCCGAUGAUUUGCUAUCCCGUUUACUUCCCGGUGCCGUUACAAUUAUUCUCCACAAAUCAAAGUACUUAAACAAUCCAUUUUUGAAUAAUGGCAUUAAGAAAAUCGGUUUACGCAUUCCCGAUUCGGAAUUUAUUCAAAAGAUUUCAACCAAAUUUAUUGAACCGAUUGCAUUAACCAGUGCAAAUAAAAGCGGAGCGUGUAGUACUUUAGAUGUUUACGAAUUUAAUGAUUUGUGGCCAGAACUGAGCGUUGUAUUCGAUGGUGGACACUUAGGCGACAAGGAUAACGACAUGAAGCAACGGUGUGCAUCGACUGUUGUUGAUCUCUCAAUACCUGGUUGCUAUCAAAUCAUUCGCAACGGCAUUGCCAUGGAACACACUGUUCGAACCAUGAACGAAUUUGGCAUAAAAAAUGUUUAGCAUUAAAAUUAAUUAUAUAAACUUUUUAAUUCAAUUCAAUAAAAAUAGUUAUUUUGCAUUCAGCACA